AUGCGCCAAAGAAAACCAGAAAUGUCCCAGGAAGAUAGAACAAACAUUCUCCCGAUUAAACAUACCACCUUUGUACUGCAACGUCUCAACGAGCAAAGAAUGAAAGAUCUCUUCUGUGACGUAACACUACACGUGGAAGGAAAGAAAUUCCGAGCGCAUCGGUCCAUCCUUGCUGCCAACUCCGAUUACUUCCUCUCGCUUUUUCGCAACUCGGAUGACCAGACCAACUUCGUCCUUGCCGGAGUACCUGCACGUGGUUUCGUCGUGCUUAUGGAAUUUUGCUACACGAACUCGUUCACGCUUGAGCCGUCAAAUGUGACAGAAGUGUACCGAGCCGCGUCCAAUUUGAAUUUUUCCCAUAUUACUUCCGCAUGUGAAAAAGUCUUGAACAGUAUGCGCCCGAAAGUCGACUCGCUCGCCUCGCUCGGUUCUCUUGCAUCUCUUGGUCCCCUCCUCGGUCUUGGCCUCCCAGCUCUUUCCGCUCUUAACGGAUCAGCAAACGGCUUCCAUCAAAAAAUGCCGGUAGACUCUGACAGUGUCCGCUCACAGAGCCCUGCGAAAUCACCAAAGCCGGGUCAGAAGCGAUCGGGGCAAGACACGGCUGUAAAUGCUUCCGGAAAGGAUGACGAGUCGAAUCCGGAAGACUGCUCGUCUUCACCUGCCGAUUUGUCACAUAUUCCUACGAUUAACGCUUACAUGGUCUUUUCGCAUCACAUGCGUCUCAAAGCUCUUCAAGAUCAGUCAAAGGAAAGUCCAGUUCUCCUGGAACGCUCUAUUUCCCGCCAGUGGUCCUCAUUAGGCCUUGAAGAACGUCGACCAUUUUACGAAGAAGCCGAGAAAAUCCGCGAAGCACUCCAGUCAUCUCACAGUCACCUGCCUGCCAACGGAAACGUUAGAAACGGUGUGAGCUUUGAAUCUGAUCAUUCCGAUGAGCCCCCUGAAAAGCGGUCAAGAAUCGCUUUUGACAAAAAUGAUGAAGAAGAGCCAAUUAUUAACCCAGAAAGCCCAGAUACCAAAAUCGAAGUGAUGGAGAACGAUGAUUUGCCAAAAACGCCCGACACAAAAUCUACCAGUUCUCCAAACUCAACGAUCUCGCCGACAUCCUCUCAGAGGAGAAAGAAAACAGCUCCGGCGCGGCGAGUGCCUGAAAUUCCAAUGAUGCUCACAACUGUCAAAUGCGAGAAAUAA